AUGGGACCUACCGUGGCCGCCGUCGCUCUCUACUACGCGGCGUCGACUCCACCAGCACAGUCAUCAGCAAUGACCCUUUCCGCCACUCUCCACUCACUUUGCGCCGCCAGAGCAGCCCGAAAUCUGGAGAGCUUCUGCUCUCGUUUGCCCGUUUCGUGGAGAACCAAAGUUGCAAACGGCUCGAUGCUCGACCAGGAUACGCUAGCGAGAAUUGCCGGUCACAUCGGAGCGUACCGUCACCCCGACGUGGAGAUCCAAGAGUACGGCGUUGCCCACAACAACAGUCCAAACCUGAGAGGCGGUGACUCUGGCUCGAUCGCACCCAUCAGCGAGCCUGGUCACUCCCCCAAAUUGAGCACCUCGCGCAUGGCGUGGCUUCAGGAAGCAUUUACAGGUUUCGCGCCUAGUCGAGUUCCAUCGCGGACUCAUCAGAUGUCUAAGGACGUCUACACAUCUCCUCGGCGGGCAAGUACGGGCGGUCCUACUUUCAGCAGUGCGGGUGGCAUUCGAGUCGAGGCGUCGGCGUUCCAGUCCGAAAAGGAAAGCCGCAGAAGUCCGUCGCUCAGGAGUCCUAAAGGUGCACACGAUCUUGACAUCGUGCGCCAGAAUCGCUCCGCACCUGGCAUAAGCAUCGUCACCCAGCGGGUCGAGACCGAAGAAGUCUUGUACAACGAGGGUGCGGGCAGUGCCUCUGCAAGUGCAUACUCGGAGCAAGCGCCGGAACUUUCCCCUAGGAAGUUCUAG